AUUGAACUUUCCGCCUAUAGUGCGUGUUCUCGAAAGGCUCCAGGCAUCUUCUCUUUCAUGCUGUUUUUGUGUUAGCGUUUAUCAACCCCUCACCCCACCCCACCUCCCUCUGUUUUCUUUAUGUUGUUAUAAUCGAUAACAAUGGCUGUUCAAGCUCAAUACCCAUCAAAUGUUCUUCUUCUCAACAGAGGUGUAGGAGAAGGGAAGAACGAAGAUUGUUCAUUGCAGUUACAAUCACAACCAGGUGGAACAACUGCGACUUCUUCGAGAUUUGUUGAAGAUCCAUCCGCUAAUCACAUAUUUUUCAGCGAUUUCCCAGGUGAGAGUGGUGGUGUUAAUCCAAGGAAAAGAAGAAGAGACUUUGAUAUGAAUCAAUUGAUGUCUAUUAUUCAUCAACAACAGUUUCAUAAUCAACUGGUGGAUGUUACACAGCUCCGUUCGAGAAACGUCGACGUUUCCACUGGUCUCCGAUUAGCUUUUAACGAUCAACAACAUUCUCUUUCUUCUCAGUCCUCUGUUUUACCAUUAUUCACGGAAGAUUUGACAACACAAAUCAACCGACAACGUGAUGAAAUCGAGCAUUUUCUUCAAGCUCAGGGAGAAGAGCUACGGCGUACGUUAGCAAACAAGAGGCAGAUGCACUAUAGUGCACUACUCCGGGCGGCGGAGGAAUCGGUUUCGCGGAAAAUGAAGGACAAAGACGUCGAGGCGGAGAAAGCCGCGCGACGUAACGCUGAGCUGGAGGCUCGGGCGGCGCAUCUCAGCGCGGAGGCACAGGUGUGGCAGGCGAGGGCAAGGGCACAGGAGGCGGAGGCGGCGGCGUUACAGUCGCAGCUGCAACAGGCUAUCGUGAGCGGGAGGCGAGGAGGGUGUUGUGCAGGGGAAGGAGAGGAGGUCGGGCAACGAUUCGCCGACGGUGAAGCGGAGGACGCCGAAUCGGCGUAUAUUGACCCGGAACGAGUCGUGUUAGCGAGUGGACCCGGUUGUAAAGCGUGUGGAAAACGAGUCGCAUCAGUUGUAUUGCUGCCGUGUCGACAUCUGUGCGUUUGUACAGAAUGCGACGGUGUCGUUUCGGCCUGCCCGUUAUGUCUUACUUUCAGAAGCUCUAGCAUUGAAGUCUACAUGUCAUGAUGUGGGCCCUUAAUAAGCCCAAUAUUGAACAAGCCCAAUCACAUGAUAAGAAAAGGGUAAAUGUGGAAUUUGACAGAAAUAAAAAGAAAAAAAAAACAAAUAUGUUUAGAAGAAUAUUCAAUAAAAAACAAAAAAGAUAAAGCAUAACUCCUUAGAUCAUUUU